CGGGUGCUGAACAGAAAGUGGUGUUCAUCACUGCACGAGUCCAUCCUGGGGAAACUCCAUCCUCCUUCGUGUGCCAAGGUCUGUGCAGGCUCCUUCUGAGCCCGUCCUAGAGGAAGGAUAAAUGAAAUUUUGAGCAUCAGCCUAGAGGAAACAUGUGGCCCAGGGAUGGUGCUAAAAGGUAUAAUUGAUUUCCUUGUGAGCCAGCAUCCUUUUGCAAAAGUACUGAGAGAUCACUUAGUCUUCAAGAUUGCACCCAUGCUCAAUCCAGAUGGAGUAUACCUAGGAAAUUACAGGUGCUCCCUGAUGGGGUUUGAUUUAAACCGGCACUGGGCGAAUCCAUCUCCUUGGGCUCAUCCCACACUGCAUGGAGUGAAACAGCUCAUCAUUCAGAUGUACAACAAUCCGAAGAUUAACUUGGAGUUCUAUAUUGACAUCCAUGCCCACUCCACCAUGAUGAAUGGCUUCAUGUAUGGGAACAUCUUUGAAGAUGAGGAAAGAUUUCAGCGACAGGCUGUUUUCCCCAAGCUACUUUGUCAGAAUGCUGAAGACUUCUCCUAUUCCAGUACAUCCUUCAACCGAGAUGCUGUGAAGGCAGGGACAGGCCGGCGUUUUCUUGGUGGGUUGUUAAACGAUAUGUCCUACUGCUACACGCUAGAAGUUUCAUUCUACACUAGUUGA